AUGGACUCUUCAGAGGCCGCGCUACUGGCAAAUGGCGCCGGCAACAGUGCGGAACAAGCAUCCAAGAAACGGACCCUGGAGGAAGUUGAGCAGGGAGACACACAGCCCAACAAAUCACCACGGUCUCACCAGGACUCACUGCCUGAGCCCGGGGCCAAAAGGGCCAAGACAGACCUCAAUCAGCAGCCCAUACAGGAUGAGGCUAGAGACUUGGAGAGCGCUGAGGAGGGCGAGCUGAAGGAAGACAAAGAGGCUCAACUGUCUCAAUCCGAAUCCGAAUCCGAGGAGAUGGCCGGCUCACAGAGUGACGGAAGUCGCGCAUCGCGUGUUGGAUCGAAAGCCUCAGCCGCGGAAGGAGAGCCCAAUGCCGACAUCAAGCGGACAACACGGUCCAUGUCGGCGGCCGCGAAUGGCCCUGUCCACGUUGGAUGGAAUCAAGGCAUCACAUCUCAGAAUAUCCGAACAUCGCUGGGCGCGUCGAAGGCCAAGACAGUACCAGCGCCGGUCAAAGCACAGCCCAUUUCAGAGGAAGCCGCGCCCGUACCGGCACCGGCUGCCGUUUCUGAUACCAAGGUGGCUCCUUCUGAAGCUGCUCAACCAGUGCAGCCGGCCCAGAAAGGGGGCAAGCUCACGCGGAAGGAACAACAGCAGCAACAACGUGCCGAAGCUGCUGCCCUAGAAAAGCAGAAGGCACAAGAACAACAGAAAGCCGCAUUUGUCUACGCGCCUGGUCUUGUAUUUACCCAGCCCAGCAAGAAGACGAUCCUGCAGCCCAAAGGUAACAACCUGGGCAAAGCUGUCUGGAAGUCCAAGCUCAAGAGCUGGUGCCAGUCCUUCGUCAGCCACAACAACGAGCAAAACAGCCUCCUCACGCCCGACAUAGUCCUGGCUGCGCUUCAGGACUACAUCACGACGCGUGCGCACUGGUCCAAGAAGAAGUAUUCCGCCGCGGCCAUUACCGAGGCUCGCAAGCCCGAGACGAGAAACGACAUUGCAGUGAACCUGGCGACACUCCUCAAAGACGACAGCUUCCUACUCGGUUCUGAGGAGUCGCCUAUGGUCAUCGACGAUGACGACGAGGCCGACGACAGUGUUCAGGAAAUCCCAAACCCUACUGAAGUCAACCCUGAGCAAGCUGUUGGUGAACAAAACCCGACUACCGAAGACCUGGACCCAGACCAGCUUCAGACGGACGCUGCGGACGACACGACGGGAAUGGAGCAGACCGAGCCAGGACCAGCCGUCAUGACAGCGGAGGAGGAUUUGGCGCAGCAGCGUAAGUACUUCCCGGGUCUGCCAGACUCUGUUCAGGUUUGUGUCUACUGCGCAGCCGUCGGUCACAAUUCGGCUGCUUGUCCCAAGACGGCCUGCAAGUUCUGCCAGCACUCCGGUCACUUCUCGUGGAACUGCCCGACACGCGAGCGGUGCACCAAGUGUCGUCAAUUGGGCCACGGCAGGGGACAGUGCACCGAGAAGCUUGUUCAUCUGGACGAAGAGGGCAUGGAGUGCGCCGCGUGUGGCUCCCAUGACCAUCUCGAAGACGACUGCGAGACACUCUGGCGGUCAUACAAACCCCGGAAGGAGUUGAUCAGGAAGGUCAAGGCCUUCCCCGCCUUUUGCGCAUCGUGCGGCACCGAGGGCCACUACUCUUCCGACUGCGCUCUUCGUGGCAACAGGCCUCGGAACAAGACGUGGUCGCUCAAGAACCGAGAUCUCUACGUCGACAAGGACGCGACCGACGAGCCGAUCAGUGACUUCGCUGGUCAGCCCCAGAAUCCAAAGUUCCCUCUGCAGAUCAAGGGCUCUGCGGCUAGGCGCAACCACAUCUUCUACCCCGAUAGCGACGGGUCGGAGGAGGGCGAGUUCAUCGGUCAGAAGGUGAAGCCGCGUGCACCACUCGGCAGCAUUCAGUUGUCGACCAAUCUUCAGAUCAACAUGGGCAACUUUGGACCGCCACCUCAGACGCAGCAGAACGGACGUGGCCAGCAGCGCAGUGGGUGGUCAGCACAGCCUCCCCUCCCUCCUGGACCUCCACCAUCGGGGCCGCCACCCGGGUCGUACUCGCGAAUGUCGAGGAGCUUCAACAACCAGUCGCGCCCGCCUCCUCCGGGCAACGGUGCUGGUCGCGGUGGGUUGCCUCCUAAGCCCCCAGCGCCGCAGUCACAGCAGCACGGCCACCAGAACGCGGGACCACCAUCUAACGGACGUGGAUCGAAUGCACCAAAGAAGCAAAGGACGAGAAACCAGUCCGGCAACUCACAUGGGGGAUCCGUGCAGCAGCAACAGCAGCAGAGCGGUGGAGGCCCGCCAUCGCGUCGCCGGGGCAAGGCCAGACGCGGUGGGAAGCAGGGAUGA